UUUUAUAAACAAGGGUUAGGAAAACAGCAUUAUACUAUUUUAAUGAAUACGAGUAUAUUAUUUAGAUACAUAGGAAAAAAGGAAACUUUUGAGAUUAUUAGUGAAGGGUUUUGAAGAUCAGUAUAUACCCAGUUCACCACUAAAAAAAACAAGAAAAAUUUCAUAGAAUAAAAAUGGAAGAAAUUGGGUUUUUGGGGAUGGGAAUAAUGGGAAAAGCUAUGGCUAUGAACUUGCUUAGAAAUGGAUUUAAGGUUACUGUUUGGAAUCGUACUCUGUCCAAGUGUGAUGAACUAAAAGAGCAUGGUGCUUCCGUAGGAGAAAGUCCUGCAGCUGUAAUCAAGAAGUGCAAGUACACUAUCGGGAUGCUAUCAGAUCCCCCUGCAGCUCUUUCUGUUGUAUUUGAUAAACACGGAAUUCUAGAGGAAAUUUGCAGUGGCAAAGGUUACAUUGACAUGUCAACAGUUGAUGCUGAAACUUCUUCAAAAAUCAGCGAGGCGGUAACAGCUAAAGGUGGUGAUUUUCUUGAAGCUCCAGUCUCUGGUAGCAAAAAGCCAGCUGAAGAUGGACAAUUAGUAAUCCUUGCUGCGGGGAAAAAGGGACUGUAUGAGGAAAUUAUUCCUGCCUUUGACGUAUUAGGGAAGAAAUCAUUCUUCUUGGGCGAGGUUGGAAAUGGAGCUAAGAUGAAACUUGUUGUGAACAUGAUUAUGGGCAGUAUGAUGAAUGCCUUCUCAGAGGGGCUUGUACUUGCUGAUAAAAGUGGUCUUAGCCCUAAAACUCUUCUGGAUGUUUUGGAUCUUGGUGCCAUUGCUAAUCCUAUGUUCAAAAUGAAAGGCCCUUCAAUGAUCCAAAACAAAUACAACCCUGCAUUUCCUUUGAAACAUCAACAGAAGGACAUGAGGUUGGCUCUUGCCCUUGGUGAUGAAAAUGCCGUCUCCAUGCCAGUAGCAGCUGCUGCAAAUGAGGCAUUCAAGAAGGCCAGAAGCACAGGCCUAGGAGAUCUUGAUUUUUCAGCUGUUUAUGAGAUCUUCAAAGUUACAGAACCCUCAACUUGAUGAUUAUAAAGCAACAAGAUCGUGAAGGAAGCAACCGAAACAGGAUUUAACUCAAGCAUUCUUCCUCUCAUUAAUUCUGAGAUGUGUGUUAACAUAUUACAAAGAACAUUUAGUACUCUGUGUUCUAUCUUCAUGUGGAUUAAAGCAAGUUACCGAUAUAUGGUCUUAAAUGGAGAAUUCAUUUUGGCUCUUCCUUUA